CACACACACACACACACACACACACACGGUGGGAGUAGAGAAAGAGAGAGAGAGAGGCUGAGACUGACUGACUGGGACAAACGACUAAAAGACAGAUAUGGCCUCUGCUCCUGCGUCACCCAGUGAAAGCAGCUCCUUGGAGAACCAUCUAAAAUGCUCCAUAUGCAUGGACACAUUUACGGACCCUGUCACUACAGCUUGUGGCCACUCCUUCUGCAAGAUGUGUCUGGAGUUCCACGUUAAGUACAACGACAGAGUUUGCCCCCUGUGCAAUACGCCAAUUACCAGUACCUUGGAUGUGAAGAUCGUCUUGAGAGAAAUUGUCCAAAAUUGUCCAAUUGAUGAGAGGAUGAAUAACCUGGAAGCAAAAGACGACGAAGUAGUCUGCGACAUUUGUACAUCACCAAAGCUCAAGGCUGUGAAAUCCUGCCUUGUGUGUCUCGCCUCGUAUUGUUUGAACCACCUGAAGAAUCAUUCCUCAACUGAAAGGCUGAAGGGCCACAAGUUGGUGGCACCUGUGGAGGACCUGGAUAAACGGGCCUGUCUGAAACAUGGACGUCCCUUGGAGCUGUACAGUAGGGAGCAGCAGAGAUGCAUUUGUGUUGGCUGUCUGGAAGAAGAUCCGCUGGAGGUUGUCUCCACUGAAGAUGAAUGGGAGAAGAAGAAGAUUAAACUUCAGAGUGUGAAAAAUGAAUUGGAAACACAAAUUAACCGGAGAGAAAAAAAUCUGCACAAGCUUAAUCAAGCUCUUCAGGACUGCAAGAACCAGAUGGAUAAUGAGUCGAGGGAUAUUGAUAAUGUGUUCAAUACUGUGAUCGCUAUUGUGGAGGAGGCUCAAGAUAUAGCUCUUCAGCCACUGAGAGACCGGAGGCAAGUCAUGGAAAAAGAGGUAGAUGAUCUCAAACAGAAGCUGAAAGCAGAGAUCAGACGCUUCCAGAAAAAUAUCACUGACCUGGAUGGUAUAGCUACCCUUGAGGAUCACAUCCAUUUCCUACAGGAAUGGCCGUGUCUUGAAGACCUGGUGGACACCAAUGACUUUGUGGAGGUAGAGUUCGACACAUCACUGUGUUUUGAGACAAUCAGAAAAACCACAACGAUAAUGACGGAGAGAGUUCAACAGGAGCUUGACAAGCUGACCUCAAUCGAACUUAAUAGAGCUCCAAAGUUUACAGUGGAUGUAAAGCUGGAUCCAACUACUGCGCACCAACGCCUUGUGGUUUCUGAUGAUGGGAAGGAAGUGAAAGAUGGAGGGAAAGACCAGGAAGUUGAUGAUUCACCGAAGAGGUUUGACACUUUUGGUAGCAUCCUGGGUGUCAACAGCUUGAGCUCCGGGAGGUCUUACUGGGAAGUGGAGACCAACAAGAAGACCGGGUGGGACCUGGGUGUGGCGAGAGUUGACGCAAACCGCAAAGGGAAGCUCUCAUUGAACCCAGACAACGGUUACUGGGUGAUCGUUCAUUACGAAGACGAAAAGUUUGCAGCUCUGACAGCGCCGCCACACGUGCUUUCCCUGCAAGAGAAACCUCAGAGGGUGGGAGUGUUCGUGGAUUAUGAGGAAGGACUGGUCUCUUUCUACAAUUUGACAACUCAGUCUCACAUAUAUUCUUUCACAAAGUGUUCAUUCACCGGAGAACUUCUCCCGUAUUUCAGUCCACACCAGAAACAAGAUGAUAAAAACAGCAAUCCUUUGAUUAUUUCUCCUGUGAAACAAUGUGAAUGGGACAUGGACGCAAACUAUGUCGGGAUCAGUCUGGAAUUAGCCUCGUGGGGCAAGGGCCAAUAAUUUGGGGCUUAGUAGACAGCACAAAAUACACAAAUAUUUACCUAACUACAUAUCUGCAUAAUAGGCCUUUCUGUGUGGAGUUUGCAUGUUCUCGCCGUGUAUGUGUGUAUUUUCUCAGGGUUCUCUGGUUUCCUCCCUAAUUCCAAAAACAUGCAGAUUUGGGGAUUAGGCAAAUUGGACAAUCUAAAUUGAGCAUAGGUGUAAGUGUGAGAGUGAAUGGUUGUCUGUCUCUGUGUGGCCCUACGAUGGACUGGUGACCUGUCCAGGGUGUACCCCGCCUUUCGCCCUAUGUCAGCUGGGAUUGGCACCAGCGCCCCCGGCCAGCGUUAAAGAUGGAUGAGUGGAUGGAUGGAUGGAUGGAUGGAUUGACGGACAUCCCUGCAUAUAGCUGGAUUCAGACUUAUGCUAAAAUCCAUAGUUCACCUACGUGUACAAUUAGGAUUUGGUUAGCUUACUUAUCUUUUUCAUCAACUUAAAAGACAUUCAAAUAAAACAACUAAAGUCUGUCAUGUUAAUGAAUUAAACCUCACAUAUCACACAUACAUAUACAUAUACAUAUGCUAAAAUCUGUAGCAACUACUAUAUAAAGCUACUUUCAGACACAGACUUUAAUCUAUCGUUUACCUACAUGUCCUGUUAGCAUUGGCUUAGCAUAUCUGUUUUUCCUGCAGCUUUUGUUGAGAGAUGUUGAGAUGUUUAAAAAAAAAAAGGUGAAACAAUUAAGUCUGUAAUGUUAAAUUAAAUUAUUCUAUCAAUUAACAACAAAACAAACAUGUAUCUACUAUAUCAACAUGCAUAAAACUGUUUUCCUCCUGCUAGCAUUGAAUAGCAUUGUUUCUUCCCACCCCCCGUUAGCUUUUAGCUUGUUUUCUGGACUGGUCUGUUUGUAACGGCUCUU